CAACAUAAAUAUGUUGAAAUGGGACCCAUUCUAUAAAUAUGGAACCAAUCAUCAAAUAAUUUAUUCUAAUAUGCUAAACGCUUGCCCUAGCCACGUGUUUAUGUACUAUAACUUUCCUCUUGGUAUCUCUCAUACUCUCUCAACUCUCAACUUUUUUUUUUUUGCUUAUCUUUUCAACAAUAUUGGGCAUUUUCUUAUAACAACAGUACAACACCUACACAAUUUAACACAGCCGGAGAGAUAGUGAGAUCGAGGCAGACUUAAGUCAUGAAUGAUAACGGAAAGCAGCGGCAAGCUUCUGUUUGCGACGGUGCUACAGAUCAAGACAAGACUGUUAUAAGCAAGAUAAUGCAACGGUUCCGUCCGAUCGCGCCAAAACCAGCUGUCGGUGAAUCUUCCGACGAUGCAAAGAGUAGCAGAUUCCUUGGAAGAAACAGAAGAUCGAAACGAAAGUAUGUUAGGGUUCGGGAUAAAAAAACUAGUAGUGUUAGUAAUAAUAAGAAUAAGAUCACCGGUAAAAAGAAUGGUUGCGAUAGAGGGAACUUAAAGAAUCCCAAUCUCGAUAAAGAGAUAGACGGUGAUGAUAGAAGCGAUAUCGUCACGCUUGAGUUGCUCCCGGAGAAGGAUAGAGAUCUAGGAAACAAUGGAGACCAAGCUGGUGAGUUUUGUUCGGAUCUGAGUGAUAUGAAUCCAAAGAAUAGUUUGUAUGGUUCGAUCAUAGGGCUAUCGUCAUCUUUAGAUCAGACGGUGGUGGAGUCGUGGUUGACGGUGGAGUGUGUGAGUGACACGUGUGCUGACUUGGGAGGGUAUCACAUCCUGGAGCAGCUAGGCCGUAUGGAUCAGGGAGAAGAGAGAGUGAUGAGGAUGUUAGAGGUUGACACGUGUCCAUGGUUAGUGUCGGAUGGGUCAAACCGGGUCUGUUGGGUAAACCGGGCGUACCGGAGGAUGAUGGGAGCUCCGGACGUGGAGGUUAUCAGGGUAUGGCUGGUGGUGGCCAUGGACCUUAUGGAGGAGAUAGCAUGCAUGGUGGAGUUAUACGGUGCGGUGACGUGCAGGGUUAGGGUUAGGUACGAGCCGUCCACGUGGAGGAAGAUGAAGGUGCCGUGUGAUGUAUGGAGGAUUAGAUCAGGUGGGUUUGCUUGGAGAUUGGAUGUUGAAUCAGCUCUAAGGCUUGGCAUGUGAUUGAAACCGGAAAGACAAAAAGAAAUGGGAAUAAUAUUAACGAUGGUAAGUGACAUUACAUUUUGAAAGCAUCAUAUAUAUAUAAUCUAUAUUAACAUAUAUAAGCGUUUGGAGUACUAUAGUUAAAGCUAACUUAGACUUGUGAUAAAUAUGCAUUAGAGUUUUCUUCGUCUCCGGUUUAGUACUCUUUGUCUGAGAACAUAUUUCUUUUGGAAUGAGGAUUUAUAUGAUAUUACCAUGGGUUUUUCUUAUGUUCUGUUCCAAAUACAAAGGAUGUACUACUUUUACGCAAAUUUUAUUUCAUAUUUACUUAAUUUAGUGUAUAGAAGAAUGUGUAAGAGAAAAUAAAAUGUGGUGUACAGUAUAUGUGAAUGUGAUUUACAUUUGUUUAUGAGAAAUAUUCUGAAAUACUACAUAACUUGUGUACAAUAACAGUAUGGUUUUAGUUGAUUAAUGACAUUUGCAUAUUAUAGACUUAUAGUUAUAAGUUAUAACUUAACACAAUAAUACGUAUAUAUACAUUAUACAAUGAAAUCACGUUUGAAACCUUAAUUAAAGAAUGUUCUAAAUAGUAAAAGUUAUAUACAGCAGAAUUAUGUUCAAACUGAAAAAAUGAUUUACCUUUCAUGUUUUUAUACAUUUUCUACAUAUAUGAAUCUCAUGUAAAAAAAAAA